AUGCCAACUUCGAAAGUAGCCAUCAUCACCGGUGGCGCGUCGGGACUAGGGCUAGCAGUCGCCGAGGUCUUCUCUCAGAAAGGUUGGCGGGUGCACAUUUUCGACUUGAAUGAAGCUAGCUUAGGGAACUGUGCUUUUCAUAAAGUCGACGUUUCUUCUUGGGAAUCUCUAUCAUCCUCUUUUGAUGCCGUUUUUAAGAUCGAGGGUCGACUAGAUUUCGUUUUCGCAAAUGCCGGCGUCAUGGAAAAGGGGAAGUUCUUCGAAAAACAUGAGCUGUCAUCGCCACCACCGGAACCAGAUGAGUCUAGCAUUGACGUCAACCUGAAAGGGGUCAUCAAGACCAGUUACCUUGCGCAACACUACUUCAGGGCAAAUACGAACGGGGAUAAGGAUUGCGUUCUGAUUAUGACAUCAAGCAUCGCGGGUAUUUAUCCCCAAGCAAUUACACCUUUAUAUGCAGCAGCCAAAGCAGGCAUAUUGAAUUUCAUGCGCUCCGUUGCUCCAUUAUUCUAUCAGGAAGAUGGCAUACGGACAUAUGCCAUUUGUCCUGGGUCCGUACGGACCAAUCUUCUGCCCAAGGAGUUAUGGGAUGCAUAUCCACAAGAAUAUUUAACCCACAUGGACAAAGUUACUUCCACAGUGGAAUCGUUAGUUGAAGGAGCGCAACUUCAAGAUUCCUUGGGCAAAAAGUUCGAGAAGUCUAUUGUUGGCCUUACUGUCGAAAUUUUCGUCGACGAUGUCUAUUUUCGGGAUCCACCGGAUCCUUGCAAUGAUGGCAUGAGAUUCGUUCUGGAACUCAUGCGACCGAAGAAAAAGGAGGGCAUAUCUGAAAACUGA